AUGGUAAAGAAACGAAAGCCAAUCAAGCUUGACAAUACCCUCACUCGCAAUAGUAUCUUCGCUCCAUCAAGAGAAGCUAUGAAGAAAGCUCAUGUCACCGAGCCCAGCCACCAUGGACCAAUGCCAAAAAUUUCUGAGCCUAGAGCUGACAUUUCCGCUGUUUCUUCUCAUGUUCACUGUACGACGAAUCAAAAUAGGGGUUGCAAUGCACCACUCGUACAGGACGACGGGGCCAGGUCGGCGAAACGAAAGCCAAUCAAGCUUGACAAUACCCUCACUCGCAAUAGUAUCUUCGCUCCAUCAAGAGAAGCUAUGAAGAAAGCUCAUGUCACCGAGCCCAGCCACCAUGGACCAAUGCCAAAAAUUUCUGAGCCUAGAGCUGACAUUUCCGCUGUUUCUUCUCAUGUUCACUGUACGACGAAUCAAAAUAGGGGUUGCAAUGCACCACUCGUACAGGACGACGGGGCCAGGUCGGCGAAAAAGAUUCGAAAGUCCGCAGGCAGUAGACGCAAGCUUGCAACGAUAAGGCGUCAUCGAGGAUGUGUAAGGACAGCAACCGGGGAUCGGAACCAGUGGACACCGCCCGAGAUUUAUUCGAUCCCAACUGCUAGGAAUAGACGUGCUAGAAACAGGUAUCAAGCACCAUUCUGCCACAAGCUUCGCAGGGGAGGAACCUUGAAAGUUUAUCCAAAUCUGUUAUCAGAAGAUGAAUUGAAAAGUCUUCUGGAGGAAAUUUUGAGUUCCGGUUUUUUUCGCCAGUACAAAGUCCAAGGCCAAGAUGAACCAAGACUUCAUUAUCUUCUCAAUGACAAAGCGACUUGUGAUGAAUUUGCCUUACAACCUGGGUAUAGAUACGCGCGAGUAACGACCAAAGCACGGCCGCUGAGCCAAUCGCCUCUUUUGGCAAGCCUGUCGAAGAAGCUGGCAGCUGCCAGUGGCAUUGACAGGUGGAAUAUCGGCGUAAGUCCUGUCCUGUACCGGGAUUCAAAGGAUGGCAUGGGAGGACACGCGGAUAAUGAUCAGGGAGAAACGUUAAUCCUCUGUCUCGUAUUGGCUUCUCCUGAUGAAGCAAGACCAGUGGUUAUUACUCCAAAUCCGAAGGAAUCGAAGCUUCAAGAUGGUGACGAGAAAAUCGAACUAAUACUGAGGGCCGGAGACGCUUAUGUAAUGGAUGGCGAAAUGCAGAAAUAUUACUUGCACUCCGUACCGAAAAGGAAUAGGGAUGAGGAAGAGCAAGACCAUGCCGAUAAGCGUCGCAUUUCAGUUGUCUUUCGUGCUGGGGAUGAAGUCUUUGUAAAGCGUGACUCUGGACGACCGUGCAAAAAUCUCUCCGCGAAACCCCGCCCGACACAAACUUUUGGCCGUAUCAAUGAACUCUUUGAAGGUCAUUUAUACACUCGAUCAAAGUUGUUCAACUUGAAUGCCCAUAGAGUGCAACAGCGUGGAAUCAGUGGAAACAGAAAAACAGGCGCUGACGCCAUUAUUAUCAGUGGCCGUCGAAAAGAUAACUUUGAACAAGACAACUUUCGGUUCUUGGAGUAUGCUGCAGAGGGAAGAAUAGGCGCUAUAGGGCUGGUCGAAAGCUACAACAAACGUCUGCCGAUCCGAGUUUUUCGGUCAAGCACGUACAGGAGUAGGUACAGAGCUAUUCCAAAGUCCAUUCACAAGGACAAACGAACAAAGUACCGAUACGACGGCCUGUACAAAAUUGUAUCCUAUACUAAGCCAGUGGUUCAAAAAGGUGCGUUUGUCUUUGAGCUCCACAGGUCGAAAGUUGGCAGCGAUCCGUAUUCAAACCUUAUUCGGAACAAGGAAAUGUUAGACCUAUGUCCAGCACCUGGCAAGAAAAAUAUUCAGGCCUCGGACAAGACCGUUUAA